UUUUGAUUGGUUGAUGAUAUCUUUCAAUUGUUUCUAUCAUGGGUUUGUGCUACAUUGGUUGCCAUUAGAAUUAGCAGAACCAUAUAGGAAAUUUUGAUUGGUUGAUCAAUUUUAUUAAAGGGCUCCAUGCAUAACACAUUCAUUCCUCAAAACCCCAUGUCAGAAGGUGUUCCAUUUUGCUGUCUGCCACCUGUUUGACUCCUAGAAAUGGGGCUCAGAAGAGUAGUUUCUGUUUGUUCGAGAACGUUGAGGGAGAGUGAUUUUCUCUCCGUGUUUGUUAGAGUUGGUUUCAAUGAGGGGGGAUUUAAUUCCAUGUGGAGAAUUAGUCUCCAACUGAGAUCAUCACGCCAGAACAUGGAAGGCUUUGGGAACCUACAAUUCUUAAGGAACACCUUAUUGGCAUAUCUGAGGGUGAGGAUCUCUCUGGGUCAAUUGUUUGUUGGUAGAGGUCACAAGGUCAUUGAGCCACAGAUCUGCCGGAUAUGCACAUCGGCACUUAGCAGCUGUGACCAGAUAAUGGAUCAAGUGCUUGGACUGGUUAAGAAAUUUGAUAAAAUCGAUAGCAAGAAGGUUACUGCAACAGCCGAUUUCCAGAAGGAUUUAUGCCUGGAUAGCUUGGACAGGGUGGAGCUUGUUAUGGCUUUUGAGCAAGAAUUCUCUGUUGAAAUUCCUGAAGAGGAAGCAGAUAAGCUUACUUGCUGUGCUGAUGUCGCAAAGUACAUAGUCUCUGGAGCCCUGAAAAAACCUGUGGAGAAGCCCUGAUCGGUUUUGGAGUGCAUUCACAAAUCCCGUCUAGAAUUUUUUGUUUCAUUUGUGUCUUUAAGUACAAGUUUAAGAUAAGUUUUUACCCGAAACUUGCUUUUGGGACACCAAGCAUCGUUAAUGUCAUUGUGGAACAUCUGUCAAGAUUCGUAGUAUUUCUUUAUGUAAGCAACCCUAUGGUAAACAGUUUCUUCCCCCAUGUGGAAGAACAUCUUUAUUAUAAUGAUUGGCCGUUACUCAA